CGCAUGAGAAGGAAGUAAAAACCUGAGACUUGAAAAUGGUGGCUUUUUCUCGAGUCCUCUUUACUUCUCUACCACUCCAACCGCAUACAUUUGUCUAUCACUGUUCAUUUUCUCCUUGAAGCCCAAGAAAACCUUUGAAAAUCCCGUACUCGAUACGGAGUAGAACCCAGUAGCCAUGGAGGACAGUAGCACCAAUACAGCCAACAAUGUGGCCCGAGCCAUAGCUGCAGCCCUCGACUGGACCUCCCCUCCCGACGCUCGCAAAGCAGCCGUUUCUUUCUUAGAAUCUAUCAAAACAGGAGAUGUACGGGUUUUGGCAAACACAUCCUUCCUUCUAGUCAGAAAGGAUUGGUCUUCUGAAAUUCGGUUGCAUGCAUUUAAAAUGUUGCAGCAUUUGGUACGACUGCGGUGGGAGGAAUUAAGCUCUACAGAACGUAGGAAUUUUGCAAAUGUUGCUGUUGAUUUGAUGUCUGAGAUUGCAAAUCCUUGUGAGGAAUGGGCUUUGAAAAGUCAGACAGCCGCUCUUGUUGCUGAGAUAGUUAGAAGAGAAGGCUUAGUUUUGUGGCAAGAACUGCUCCCGUCUCUUUUUUCCCUGUCCAGCAAGGGUCCUGCACAAGCUGAGUUGGUUUCAAUGAUGCUGAGGUGGCUUCCUGAAGAUAUUAUGGUUCACAAUGAAGAUUUGGAAGGUGAUCGACGUAGGCUGUUGUUGCGAGGGCUUACUCAAUCUUUGCCUGAAAUUUUGCCUUUAUUAUACACCUUACUUGAAAGGCACUUCGGAGCUGCAGUGCGUGCAGCUGGUAAUCAAGAAAUGGAUGUUGCAAAACAGCAUGCAGCCACAACAAUAAAUACUUUAAAUGCUGUUAAUGCAUAUGCAGAAUGGGCUCCAUUGCCUGAUCUUGCUAAAUAUGGCAUAAUUCAUGGGUGUGGUUUCUUACUUUCUUCUCCUGACUUUCGUCUUCAUGCUUGUGAGUUUUUCAAACUUGUCUCGCCAAGGAAGAGACCUAUUGAUGACUCUGCUUCUGAAUUCAAUUCUGCAAUGAGUAAUAUCUUUCAGAUCUUGAUGAAUGUCUCUAGAGAAUUUUUGCACAGAUCAAGCUCUAGUGCUGGAGUUAUUGAUGAAAGUGAAUUUGAGUUUGCGGAAUAUAUAUGUGAGAGUAUGGUGUCUUUGGGUUCUUCGAACUUGAUGUCUAUUGCUGGCGAUAGCACCCUUCUUCCCCUUUAUUUACAACAGAUGCUGGGGUUUUUUCAACACUUUAAGCUAGUUCUUCAUUUUCAAUCCCUGCUCUUUUGGCUGGCACUAAUGAGAGACUUGAUGUCAAAGCCAAAGGUUGUUGCACAUUCAGCUGGGGACAGUUCGGCUGUUAGUAGUCUAAGCACUGGUUCUGGACAGGCUGAUAGUGAAAAGAGAAAGAUCUUUGAUUUUGUGAAUGAUGAUAUUUGUAGUGCAAUUCUGGAUAUAUCUUUCCAGCGCAUGCUAAAGAGGGAAAAGGUUCUUCCUGGAACUGAACAUACCCUGGGGGCAUUGGAGUUGUGGAGUGAUGAUUUUGAAGGCAGGGGUGAUUUUGGCCAGUAUCGUUGGAGGCUGUCAGAGUUAAUCAGGUUUGUUGCUUCUUACAAGCCCCUUAUAGCCAGUGCUAAAGUUUCUGAAAGAAUUAUUACAAUCAUCAAACACCUCUCGCUUUCUCAAAUGCCUGCUCAGGACUUGGCCGUGAUGGAAAGUAUGCAAUUGGCUUUAGAAAAUGUUGUGAAUGCAGUUUUUGAUGGAUCAAAUGAAUUUGGCGGGGGUAGUUCUGAAGUUCAUCUUGCACUGUGUAGAAUAUUUGAAGAUUUGCUCCAGCAACUUCUUGCUUUGAAAUGGACCGAGCCAGCACUUGUGCAAGCACUUGGGCACUACUUAGAUGCAUUGGGUCCCUUUCUGAAGUACUUCCCGGAUGCAGUUGGUGGUGUCAUCAAUAAGCUAUUUGAGCUCCUAAACUCACUUCCUUUUGUUGUUAAGGAUCCUUCUACAAGUAGUGCACGACAUGCAAGGUUGCAGAUUUGUACAUCAUUUAUUAGAAUAGCCAAAGCUGCUGGCAAAAGUAUUCUGCCUCAUAUGAAGGGUAUAGCUGACACCAUGGCAUAUAUGCAAAGAGAAGGUUGUUUGCUUCGGGGUGAACAUAAUCUUCUAGGGGAAGCAUUUCUUGUAAUGGCUUCUGCUGCUGGGAUUCAACAGCAGCAAGAAGUUUUGGCAUGGUUACUAGAACCCUUGAGCCAACAAUGGACGCAGCUGGAGUGGCAAAAUAAUUAUUUGUCUGAACCACUAGGUCUGGUUCGCUUGUGCUCUGAGACACCAACCAUGUGGUCAAUUUUCCACACUCUGACAUUCUUUGAGAAGGCACUUAAGAGGAGUGGAUUUAGAAAAGCCCAGUUGAAUUUACAAAACAACUUGACAUCUGGCUCUACUCCUUUGCACCCCAUGGCUUCUCAUCUGUCAUGGAUGCUACCUCCUCUUUUAAAACUGCUUCGCGCUAUACAUUCCCUUUGGUCUCCAUCCAUAUCUCAAAUCUUACCUGGAGAGGUGAAAGCUUCAAUGACAAUUACUGAUGCUGAGUUAUUCAGUCUCCUAGGGGAAGGGAAUCCUAAAUUAUCAAAGGGUGCCUUAACUUUCACAGAUGGAUCUCACUUUGACAUGGGUAAGGAAGGAAAUGCGGAGCCAAACGAGUCUGAUAUACGCAACUGGCUGAAAGGUAUCAGAGACAGUGGGUACAAUGUAUUAGGGUUGUCAACAACCAUUGGGGAUUCAUUUUUCAAGGGUUUGGAUAUAGAUUCUGUUGCACUAGCCUUAGUGGAGAAUAUACAGUCGAUGGAGUUCAGGCAUAUAAGGCAGCUUGUUCAUUCAGUUUUGAUUCCUUUGGUUAAAUGUUGCCCUUCUGAUAUGUGGGACAUCUGGCUGGAAAAACUUCUGCACCCAUUAUUUCACUACUCUCAGCAGGCUCUCAGCUGCUCAUGGUCCGGUCUUCUGCAUGAAGGUAGAGCAAAGGUUCCAGACAUCCAUGGAAUAGUUGCUGGGUCAGACUUAAAAGUGGAAGUAAUGGAAGAAAAGCUACUUCGAGAUCUAACUCGUGAAAUAUGUUCACUCCUCUCCGCUAUAGCUUGGCCACCGCUAAAUGCUGGUCUUCCUUCUUUAGAACAGUCUGGGCAUAUUAUCCGUGUUGAUAUGUCUUCUCUCAAAGAUUUGGAUGCAUUUGCAUCAAGCUCUAUGGUUGGUUUUCUUUUGAUGCACAAAGGUCUAGCCCUUCCUGCCUUGCAGAUAUGUUUAGAAACUUUCACACGGACAGAUGGUGAAGCCGUGACAAAAGUUUCUUCCUUUUGUUCUGCUGUGGUUAUCCUCUCUGUAUCAACGAAUAACGUGGAACUUCGAGAAUUUGUUUCUAGAGAUCUAUUUUCCGCAAUUAUCCAAGGGUUGGCCCUCGAGUCAAAUGCUAUUACCAGUGCAGAUCUGGUUGCUCUGUGUCGUGAAAUAUUUGUUUUUCUCUGCGAUAGAGAUCCAGCUCCCAGGCAGGUUUUGCUUUCACUCCCUUGCAUCAAACCCCAUGAUUUGGCUGCUUUUGAAGAAGCUUUGAUGAAGACAUCUAGUCCUAAGGAACAGAAGCAGCACAUGAAGAGCUUGCUCUUAUUAGCUACUGGAAACAAGUUAAAAGCACUAGCUGCUCAGAAAAGUGCAAAUGUUAUUACAAAUGUUUCAUUGAGGACUCGCAAUUUGGUAAAUGUUCCAGAAACCAGAUCUGAUGAUGGGGAUACUCUCGGGUUGGCAGCCAUUCUGUGAAGGGUUCCUAUGAUCUUGGCUGAUUUUCUUGUACAGAAAUGAGUUUUACUUGAAACAGGGACCAUCUUGUUUGACACAUAUACCGUGGUAUGAGGCAUCUUUUUGUCGCCAGAGCUCCACACAAGUUGUAAACCACAUUUCCUCCUCAACACUACUUCCAAUGGAAGAUUUUGACCUCUUUUGAAUAAAUGUUUCAAAGCAUUUCAUUAUUC